GGUAGCUUCGCGCCUUUUUUGCCCUUGGCUUGACUUUGGGUAUUUUUCCAGAAUUUUCACUAGAUUUUCACAAAGUUUACCAGUGAAAUCACAAGCCAAGACCCUUUCAAGAUCCUUUGCAAACAAAUUUAAGUUUGAAAUGUGUUAAUCAGAUAAAAAGAGUGAAAAAUAGUAACCAUAGUGGAAAAAUGUAAACAAAAUGAAAAGUGCUUCCGGGAAUCUAUUUUCCAGGGCUUCUGGAAUGAAUCGUGGCUGAAUUGGCUUCUCUUGCCCCACAUAGUGUACUUUUAGUGUACAAAAAGUAAUGCUUAAGAAGAAGGAAUGGUGCAAAAGGAAAGUAUAUUUUGACUUGGUGUUCCUUCCGGAAGAGAAAGCUCCCUAGCGAAUACAAGAAACACCUUCAUUGCGUCCGGGAGCUAGUAGGAGUCAUGUGUAGGAUAUCUCUGGACAAGCUGAAAAGAAAAUGAUCCAGUAAUGAAAGCGCCAGCUCCAAAAUAUGAAGGAGCUACUAAAGACCAUUUUCAGUACUUUUCAAGCUGAUUUGGUGGUCGUUCAGGAAAUGGGAUACAUAGAUCGAAUUAUUCACUUCUUUGUAGUGAAUCAAGAUCCCCGCACCAAAGAUUGGUUCCUGUCUGGUUCGGUGGGACCACUUUUCACAAUAUUGGUCACCUACCUCUAUUUCUGUAUCUAUGCUGGGCCUCGAUUUAUGAAAGAUCGGAAGCCACUGCAACUGAAGAACACACUCAUUGUCUACAAUGCCAUCCAAGUGCUUCUCAGUGUUUGGCUCGUCUAUGAGGGCCUCGAGAGUGGCUGGCGGAAAUACUACAAUUUCCGAUGUCAACCAGUUGACUACAGCAAAAAUCCCAUCGCAAUGAGGAUGGCGCGUGCCGUAUGGGCUUACUACAUGUGCAAAUUGGUUGAGCUCCUGGACACGGUAUUCUUCGUUUUGAGGAAGAAACAGAACCAAAUCUCUUUCUUGCAUCUCUAUCAUCACACGCUUAUGCCAGUUUGUGCCUUCAUUGGCCUCAAAUACUUUGCCGGAGGACAUGGAACCCUCUUGGGGCUCAUAAACUCCUUCAUUCAUGUGAUAAUGUACAUGUACUACAUGCUGGCGGCGAUGGGGCCAGAGGUUCAGAAACAUCUGUGGUGGAAGAAAUACUUAACAACACUGCAAAUUAUUCAAUUCCUCAUCGUUUUCUGCCACACUAUCCAAGUUCAGUUCCAGCCAAACUGCAAUUUCCCCAAAAGCAUCGCUGCCCUGCUAACCAUCAAUGCUGGCCUCUUCACCUACAUGUUCAGCUCCUUCUACAUCAGAAACUACACAAAACGCCGCUCCAAGGAUGCCCUGGACGCCAAACGUCGGCAGCAGGAACUCAAUCACAAUGACGUGAGCAAAUGCUCGCUUGAGUUGAAUGGGAAGGCACAGCUUCAGGAAGAUUUCUACCCUACACCAGCUUCACCCAUCUACGAAACCCUCAAAAGAAAUGGUCACAUACCGGAUGUCAAGAAGAAGGCCUAACCAUUAGCACCUCAAUCUUUUGGGACUUUGCUUCUUAAGAAUUUCUUCGUCUAUGCUUUAGUGUAAGGGUAAAGAUUUUCAAUGUCGCUGUGAAAAGCUCUCUGUCUAAUUAGGAUUAAUUGCAAAUUUUGGCCAAGAUCGAAGAUGAACAGUCGAAUUGAUGCUAAAGAUUUUCCCAGCGAGCUUUAUAGUUAAUUUUCUUUUUUUUUUGACGGGAAAAUCCGGAGCUAUGUUUGCUCACUGUUUUUCUGAUAUUUAAGCGGAAUUGUAACAGAGUUUUUAUUUAAAGUGAAAAUAAUUAAAUAAAUAUUAUUUUUAGACAUGAUUUUUGGCGAGUUAUUCUUUCUUUUUUCAUACCGAAUACAGUUUUAUAAAAUUGAUAUGUUUCUAAUAAUACUUACAGAUUUGUCUCCUAUUCCUAUUAAAGGAAUAUGGGGAAAAUAUGCAGCGUUCGAGUUCGAAGCCAGAAUGUGUACAAAUAGCCUGAAAGCCUUCCGGUACUCCAUUAUAUUAAAACACAUUUAUGGUUGACUUUAACUAAAAUAGAUCGAUUUUUUUAUAUAAUAUAAAGGUUUCAGAAAAAAAGGAAAAUCCAACCAAAUUUUAUGGGAAAUGAAAAUUUUGAAUUAAUAAAAAUAUCUUUAGCUGCAUCGGUUUUUGCAACAUCUUUUAAAUUAAUUAUCUUAUAUUACUUUAAAUCAAAUAGGCUCAAGAUGUUUUAGACUAUUUCUAAAGCAUUUGUAGAGAUAUAAAAAUAUUCAAAACUUUGUUUACAUCUUGAUUCUGAAAUCAAAUCUUUGAAUAGAAUGUUAAAAGCAUUAAAAGCGUUGAAAGCUAUUUCAUUUUAUAAAAAAGUUCUUUAAUUUUAAUUCGUGAAAUUUCUAAAAGCUUUCACGACGAAACGUAAAAUAUCUUAAAAUUUAGAUUUUUCUAUCUUUUCUUAAAAAUUUGUCUAGCUAAACAGUCGUCUAUCGACAUCUUUCAUCGGUUAAAUCGCUAUCUUGAAUUAUUUAAGCUCAAAGGAUGCAAUUUUCACCCGGUUUGGUCUAUUAAUGAUAAUGAUUUUUUAAAAAUACCCUCUCCUUGAACUAAUUUCAAUUUCUAGAUGGUAUUAUGAUGAUUUUUAAACAAAUUUAAAGCGACAUUAAUUUUAUAUGCAUCCAAAGAAUUUAAAAAAAAAUGAAUAUAAAGCAAAGGUCCUUCUUGGGAGUUCGAGAAGCUCGUAAUGCCUCGGACGCUUUGCUACCUCUUCUUCCUAUGUUCUUAAGGUUCUUAAUGAAUUUGACCCAUGGUUCUUUUCAGGAAAUUUGAGGCAUUGAACUAGCUCUUAAAGUCUUAUUUUAUAAUGGGUCAAAUUAAUUGAAAACAUAUUGCAAAAAAUGACGUGUUUGAUCGAAGCUUAAUUCGUCCGAAGGUAGUGCGCUUUCCCCUAAAGCACUAUGAAAUUUCAUGUUAAGAUUUUAAAAUGAACUCAGUUGAUGAAAAGCUAAUCUUGACCCACAUAAAUUUGCUUCAAAUAUUGUAAAAUUAAUUAAUUAAAUUAGAAUAAUUUGAAUUAAGCAAUUUAACUUUAUAAAUUCUCUGAUAAAUAUCUAUUAGCACUAUUUUCUUGUAUUAAAUUGGAAGUUAAUUUUCAACCGCUUCAUUUUCAAUCGGGGGCACGGACCCAGGAUAUCCAGGGUAGCAGUCCACGCCAGUCGAUCCUCUCCCCUACUUCAGAGGAAAAUGUUCGCAAUCGAUCUCAAUCAAAUUUAUUUAAGCAACACUAAAAUUAUUUUAAAAGUAGAAGCAGCCGAAACAUACUGAAUUAAUGAAAAUUUGCUAUAAGUGAGGCCCAACUUUAGGGAAACGCGCUACCUUUGGACUACUCAAAUUUUGGGUAAUUCAAUUUUUUCUCUGUGUUCCUUACGGAUUUUACUCAUAGCUUUUUUUCUGAAAAUUUGAGGUAUUGGACUACUCUGAAAAAAAAAUGUUUUGUCAAACUAACAAGACAAGUUUGUAAAAAGGAUGUUCUUCCAUACAGAAUAUGGAAAAGUUUUGUCAAAUCGGCGGUCAACUGGAUCUUGUUAAAAGUUUGUGAAAAGGGUGUUUUACCAUAUAAAAUACAAGAAAAAGUUUUGUCAAAUUGGUAAAUAACAUCCUUUUGACAAAAUUUCAACAAAAUCCAUUUGUUCGUUUAACAAACUUUUUUUUUUUUUCAGAGUAGCUAUUACAAUAUCAUAUUAUAAUGAGCCAAAAUCAUUUAUAACACAUUUUGAAAAAAAAUUAAUUGUUCGAAGUAUAAUUCGUCCAAAGGUAGCGCGCUUUCCACUAGUCUUUUUCAAGAAAAAGAAGAAAAGUAAAAAAAAAGAAAAAAAAUCUUUCGUAAAAUUGUUGGUAAAUGUUUGUAGAUUUCCAGUCUGAAAAAAAUGUUUUGUUAAAUUAGCAAGACAAGUUUGUAAAAAGGAUGUUCUUCCAUACAGAAUAUGCAAAAGUUUUGUCAAAUCGGCGACCAACUGGAUUUUGUGAAAAGUUUGUCAAAGGGAGGUUUUUCCAUAUAAAAUAUUUAAAAAAAAGUUUUGUCAAACUGGUAAACAACAUCCUUUUGGCAAAGGACAAUGGGCAAAACGGUCCAACCUUUCGUCACGAAUGAAACUUAUAACAUCGAAUAGGUAUUGGCAAAGGUAACAACUUUUGUUCCGGGACCAACACCAAAAGUAUGUAGGAAAUGCACUAGAAUAUGAAACAUAUAAGAAUUGUAUAAUGCUUUUUUUGCAAAAUUCCCAUUAUACAAUAAUGGUUAAUCGUAUAUUGGCCGUUUUUAAGAAUAAUUUGUAAAGACUCAAAGAAAAUUUUCUUAGAACAAACCAUAUCUUUAUCUCUUCAUUUUCCCUGUAAUUUUCCAUAUCUUCCUUAUAAAUCUUUUAACAUCCUUCAAAUUCAUAAAAAAAAGGAUUAUAUCUAGGAAAAUGUCUCUUAUGCAGUGAUAUUCUUCUUGAAAAAAAGAGUUAAAAACUCUAAAGAUCGCAGGAUUGUAAAAGAAACCGUUAUUUAAAUAAUUUAAAUAAUAGAUUCGGAGAAAAAAUGUUUUAAUUAAUUAUACUGAGGACCUUUUGUUAAAAUUCUUUAGUAACGGUACCUUCAAAACCCUAUGAACUUCAGCAAUCCAAGCUCCUUUUUUAACGAGAAAAUUUCUCUAAAGACGAAAUAAGGAUGCAAUCGACGCAAUGCUUUUAAUGAAAUUAAAGAAUAUUCGAGGAUAUUUGAAGACAAUCUGGAUACAAGAAAAAUGGAAGAAUAGGGAUACGGUUUCUUUUAGGAAAAUAUUCCUUGAGAAAACGUCUUUUGGCGCCAAGAACUUACGGUAUGCCGUUAUUUAAGAAAAAGCAAGUUUCAUAAAAAUAAUCCUACCAAUUCCUUAAGAACCCUUACUUUAAAAUAUCUGAAAAAGUUGACGUGAUGGACCAUAGAUUUCUUCGGGUCAUAUGUUCAAGAUACACCAAGGACUCCGAAAAUACCUGUGAUUUGACAUUAAAUGCAAAAAGUUUUCGUUUUAUUGCCCUGUAAUGUGCGAUUGCUUAAAAACAUGGCUAGUUUGUUUGGGUGCUACCAGAUGAAAUAGUCAGAGGGAAAAUCUAAAAAUAUCUAUUUAAAGCUUCAGUCAUACAUCGACUUUGACCCGAAUUUCAUUAAGAUCGGUUAAGCCGUUUUCGAGUAAUAAAUUGUCAAAGUUGCGAAUUUUCAGAAGGAUAACAUUAAUUUAACGAGGAUUCACAGUCCUUUUUGACUUGGGUCUCGGUAAUUUUUAAGUCUUACACCAAUACCUACAAAAUGGGCCUAGUUCUAUCUAUGGCGAAGGGUUACAUUUCUGCCCUUUGUCCUUAGAGCAAGAUCUAUUUGUCCGUUAAAUAAGACAUUUUUUUCAGAGCACGGGACUUAUAAAAUCCUCGUAAAUCCUAUAACUCACAACCAAGUUCGUAAAAGUUUGUACUUUAUUAGAAACAUCGUUCGUGUCAUGUUUUCGUAUAUUUUUGUUUGUCUGACCAAACUUUUUGAACAAAUUACAAAAUUUGACGAACAUUUUUUUGUGUGUUCACGAACAUUUACUGACAAAUGUUUGUGAUAAGAUUAAAAAAAAUGUUCGUCAAGUGAUCACGCUGCAAGCAAUUUUCAUUUCCUGAAAAAAUGAAAACUUUUGCGAACUUGUUUGUCUACAAACAUUAACGAACAAUUUUCCGAAAUAUUUUUUUUCGUGUAGUACAAUUUCGCUACUCGAGAAUUGUAUUAAAAUUUCAAUUCAAAUUUCAGUCUAAUUGCACGGUUUCUCUGAAAAAAAAUUGUGUAAACGAUAUGUUUGUUAAAAAUUUGUCAAAAAAAUGUUUCAUUGCCAAUUUGACAAAACAUUUUAGUAUUUAAUUUGGAAAGAAUUUCAUUUGAAAAACUUUUUGGAAACAGCAUUAAAAACUUCCUUUUAGGAUAAUUUUCCAAUUAAUUAACAAACAAUAUACAAUUUUUGCGUAAAUUAAUCCUUAAAUUACUCAGAAAGAAAAGGCUUGUCAUAUGUCUGUUAAAGGUUCGCCAAAGGAAUGUUCUUUCUCAUCAAAUUAAAAAAAAAAACAUGUCAAAUUGCAAAGGAACAUCCCUUUGACAAAUUUUCAACAAAAUCUAGCUAAUUGUGUUACAAACCUUGUCUUUUAAAAUAAGUUAGACCCAACUUAACCUCAAAUUCGAUCCUCAAUUUCUCCUCCGAAUACGAAUAAAAAGGAACAUAAAAUAUCUCUAGAACAGUGAGCAAUCAAAACUCCUUAUCCUUUUAGAAAUUCAAGGUUCAUCUUCAUGGCAAAUAAAUCUGCAUUUUAGUUUUACGUUGUGAUAAGGUUAAGAAUAUUAAAAUAGUUUGUCCUCGGAGUCUCUUACUUGUAAAUUGUAAAUGAUUUCUGUAGUUAUAUUUACCUUUUUUUUUAGAACAAUGAAUAAUCGUGUAGGUUGAUUAAAUUGACCGCAAAAGGUCAAAUGGCAAGCCAAGAUGAUCACAAAGCACUAAAUAAAAGGAAUCAUUGUGACAUAAUUCAAGCUUAAUUUCCUGUAAUUGUAAUUUAUUGAGGAAUGUGCGUAUUCUAAAAAUAAAAGAACUUUUAAAAAAAAUAUCGU